AUGCGUUUCUCCGUUCUUACCGCUGCCGGCCUCAUUGGCGCUGCUGUCGCCGCCCCGGCUCCUGGCCCCGCUCCUCUCAACUUCGACGAUGUCAUCGUUGUUGGCGAGGAUGGCUCCCACACUGUCAUGAAGGCUUCCGAGUACGACGCUCUUGAGCGCCGCGCCGCCCUUCCCGUCGCUCCCGCUCCCGCCCUCGGCGACGUUCUCUCCCGCCGCGGCUGCGACGAGUCCACCGAGGUCCAGGUCCUUACCGACGAGGAGUUCCUCAACUGGGACAUUGCUGUCUCCCCCGUCGUCACUGCUGCUGGCAACGACGUCGCCGUCUCUGUCGACAGCGGCUACUCCCUGGCUAACUCCGUCACCGUCACCGCCGGUCUGUCCACCACCAUUGCCAAGAUCGCCCUCGGUGUCUCUCUGUCCGUCAGCUACGCAAAGACCUGGACCACCACCCAGUCCCAGAACCUCCGUUUCACCGUCCCCGACGGCCAGUACGGCCUUGUCGUCUCCCAGCCCAAUGUCCGCCGCGUCACUGGCAACAUCUUCUCUGGAUGCACCGACAGCCCCUCCGUCGAUGCCUUCACCUCCGACACCUACUCUGACCAGUCCUACGGCAACCUUGCCUGGGUCAAGGGUGUCAUCCGUCUUUGCAACAGCACCAGCUACCCCGUCCCCUACUGCAUCGGCCAGGGUGAGCACAAAUAA